GAAGGAGAAAAAGAAGACGAUUACUGAGGGAGUCAAAUCUGGGUUGGGGGACUGCUUGAAUGUAUAAAGUGAACUGGCCAUUGUCUGUCCAGCGUCAUUUGGUGCUGUACCGGAAUACGGAGAGGUUAAGGAAUAGCGGGUGGUGUUUAAAAUAACUUUUUGUAGUGGUCAUUAGGAUUCCACAAUGAAGAUUCUCCUCUUUAUUUUGUCAGUCACGAUUUCUAGCACAAUAGCUGUUAGAAGAGGAUCGUCACUUGUACAAAUAGACAGAGAAGAAGAUCUCGAAGCAGAAUCAUCGAGAAGAAAAAUCUACGAUAUAAUUCAAGAUCACGAAGGACGCAAGUUUGGCGAGCAUGGUGGCCACGAAUAUGAAGCAGGAGAAAUUCCAGGUACACUAAGCAGGAAGCAUGCUAAGCGAGUUGGUGGGUAUCUUCCAGUCGCUGAAGAAGGCAAAAAUCCUCUCUACUACGCCUUGGCUCCUAAGCGUGAUCGUCGCCCAAAAGACAACGUCUAUCGCGAAAAUGUAGCUGCAUAUGCUCCAAAAGAAAUAAAUCCAGUUCAAGUCGGAAAUGCACCUCAACACGUAAUAGCAAGUCCUUUAAGCCACUCCCAUUAUGCUGUUGUCGACCCUAAAGAUAACAAUCAGUAUAUCAUUUAUGAAGAGCCAAAACCACAUUACAAAGCUGCACCUAUACCAAAACACACUUACGUUUUAGAAGAAGAACCUAAAACUCAUUACAAAUCUAUUCCGAAGCACACAUACGUUUUAGAGGAAGAGCCUAAAUUGCAUUAUAAAAAUGUGCCUAAACAUACUUAUGUCUUAGAGGAAGAACCUAAACAACAUUAUAAGGCUGCUCCUGUUCAUAAGCACACUUACGUGUUAGAAGAAGAACCACAGUAUGCCGUUCCCCAUGAACACGUGGUUGCUAAACCUGCACCACACGCAGCUCAUUACCCAGUAGCUGUUAAGGAUUAUGGCAGUCAUUACGAUAGUCAUCACAAGUUGGAUGAUAAAAGUCACCACUCUACUGGUCAUGGUUACUACGAUGACAACCAGGUACAUAAGCAUGCUGGACAUAAAGAAAGUGGAAAGCAUGAUAUUUCUGGUCACAAAGCACAUUCUUCGGCUGGUGGACAUCAUGACGAACAUGAUCAUCACCAUGACAAGGCACAUUACGAACGAGACCGUGGUUACCAUUACGAAAAAGCUUAUGCUUACGACAGAGUGAGAGCAUCACAUGACAUAGGAGCCACCAAAGGCGCCCACUCAUCCUACAAAGCUCAACACGCACAAGAAGGAUACAAAGACGCCGGAGAUCAUGGAGCCCAAUCUUACAUGUACUUCAAAAAACACGGGCAACAUGGUGGUCAUGGCUAUCACGACAAUAAAAAUUCAUUGUACAAAACAGGGCACCAUAACAGUGGUCAAGGAUACCAAGAUUAUGAACAAAAAUACGUCCCACAUCAACAUGCUUAUGGAAAGUAAAUUUACAAAAGAGCUCUUUAAAAGAGAUUAUGACAGACGCGGACUGAACAAUAGACUCGAUUUUCUUGUGCCUUGUGUAAAUAGCUUAAGCAAGUUUAUCGCUUAGAUUUCCGUAAAAGUACAAAAAAAUCUUGGCGAGGAACCUCAUGAUUUUUCCAUUUUUGUCGAAAAUGAGUUUCUGUUUCAAGGCCAGCUAUCCUUUCAAACAAAAAGCGGAAGUAAUGCUGUCCUAUAAACGAAUGCAAUUGCCAAAUGGUUUUGUUCACUUAAAUCUGAUGAUUUCGUGUAAAGAUAAACUUUGGGUGUAACUUAAGAAUGUUUCAUUGUAUAAGUGUUCCUUAUAUAGAAAAAAAUAUUUUGUGUUAAAUUAUGUGAAUAAAUUUAUUUUAUUUAUAU